UAAAAAAUAAUAGCCGAGGCUGACCGAUUUAACUAGGUUAAUUAGGGAAACAGUAUAUUGGCGAUAAAGCGAAAUUACAGUGAUCUUUUGAGUGCAUCGGUUUUGCAUUGAAGCGCCGAGGGUUGGCAGACAGCAGUGGCAGUACUGACUACGGAGUCGGCAGUCCUACGUCGACCCGCGUGCACGCCGCCCGCCGCGCAGUGUCGUGUCGCGCCCUGGCACGCGCCUUCCAACCCCAAUGGACUACGAUCGACCAAACGAAUUAACUUAUUUUUCAAUUACUUCUAUAAUACACUUCAACUCUCCCGAUAGAACCUAUCGAACGAAUCACGCGACCCUAGUAUGACUGAAACUCGAUUUCGAAAACUUUUACCGACUUUCGAUAAUUAGUGUUUUAAUUAUCCAUUGUAGUGAACGAUUUCAAACUUCUUUGGUUUUUUUUCUAUUCAAAUAUGUAUCUUAAAGAGGAGUUGUUGAGAACCCUAUUUACACAUAAGAAGCGACUGAAGUUUUUUUCUUGAACAUUUUACCCGUUUCAUGAACUAUUUACAAAAUUUGUGGUUUCGUUUUCUUCCCUAAGAACCUUUUAGAACCCUCUACUAUUUCUAGUAAUACGAGUGUGCUGAAUUUAAAUCCAUAAAGAACUUUAAUCUGUGUAGUCGUUAGCGUAAAAUUAUAAGUUAAGUGGUUUUAAAGGCGUUAAAACUGUGUCAGUUCCUUUGAAUCUUAACCAGCAGUGUGCUAGCGGAUCAUUGUACCCUUCGAAUAUUCCAUUAAACUGGUUGAAGAAUAACGCGACAUUAAUGGAAGAAACUGCUUCGUCGAACACUAGUUAUGGCUCAAAAUCCUUCCCUUGAAACAUUCCUUAAUAGUUGUUCAUCUUGUCUAUUUAUCAAACCACUACGUCACCUUUAAAAACAUUCCACGUUGUGGUCGAAAUAGAUUUUUAAGCUUUGUGUCAAAAAUAAUUUAAUUUUAAUUGGGACAUUUCGUUAAAUUAUAUCCAGAACUAGAUUGUAGUGGUAGUGAGUUAAAGUGACGCGCGUAAACCUCUUCGGAGGGCGCGAAGAAUUUGCGCGAUGCGGUCUCACCAGGGAUGUACGUAAUAUAUCCUGCGGAUGAAGUAGUUUCCCUGACUUACAGCUCGCAUUCGCUGCCCCGGCCCCGGCAGCGGCCUACACUUGAUAUUUUGGUUGGACCGCUGCUGAGUUUGCCAUCCAGCACGCACCCCCUGCCCUUGGCCCCCACCCUCGUCUGCGGCAACUCUCUCAAAACGGCGCCCCCGGAGCCAGCGGAGCGCGCGCCGGCAUCGCCGACGCCGUCGCUCGACCGCUCGAGCAAGGUGCGCGAGCGAACAAAAGCCAAGCUUUUCAAAAAGCUCGGACGUCACGAAAACAAUGAUUUCGGAAAAAUUGUUAGGACACCCGCCCCCGACGAGUUUGAACUACCCGCUCCUUUGCCGACUCCAGCUUUUUCUAGGAAAAAUAUAUUUGAUCGCGAUUUCGAUGCGUUAUUCGAAGUGGCAAGUACUCCGCAAUUCGGCGCAAAUAUUCGCGUUACGACCCCUGAGCCAGAUCAUCGACCAGAUGUAUCAGCAUCACAUUUUCCUUCUCCUGCGGAAUCAUCUUUAAGUCUGCUUCCACCUCGGCCCAACUCUGAGCCGACACCCUCACCAGGGAACUCGACCCGCACUUCUACACCACAGCGUUCGUCUCUUGAAGGUACUAACUCUAAAUCGAAGAAAGUUAGUUUCUUUCGGAGGCUUGGCCGAUCCAAAGAUUCGACGCCGCCGAGACGUACCUCAUCUUUUACCAUGCAGCAACCAUCAGUGGAGAUGGCUCUUCGAGAGCUAACGCAUCCAAUUCAUAAUGAACAGCUCAAGAAUCAACAGCAAGUCACCUUCAAGCUGGUUAAAACAGUGUCGGACUUUACGACGCAACUGUCACAGCUGUAUGAGCGGCAUUCCUCCGAGCUCCAGAUACUCGUUGCCAACUUCCGCAAACGGAACAGCGAACUCAGAAAGGAGAGAGCAACAUGUCCGUCUUCUUUGUUCCACACGUGGGAGACGCUAUUGCAAGAAAUAGAAGCAGAUGUCAUCGGUUACAACAACGCUUCUUCUUCUUUGGAGCGUAUAGUGGCGACUCCACUUAUAGAAAAAACCUUUCACAUGAAGGUACAAGCGCGGAAGCUAUUUGCGCAUCGUGAGGGCUGUGAAGUGAUUCUUGGAAAGGCAGAUGAUCAACUCACUAAGAGCCGUCAAGACUACCGGGCGGCGUUCCUGACCUACUGCAACAGUCCGAAUUCAGCUGCUUUGGCCACUUACUAUGAUUCACACAACAAUUAUGUGCAGCAAUUAACCGCUACAAACGCGAUGCUUGAACAAUAUCACAAACAUACUCUGCCUACUAUACUACAGGAGCUGGAAGAGAUUCUAACUGAAGUUACAACUGCUGUAAGUGACGCAAUUUGCCAAGGAGGAGAAAUUAUAACUGAAAAGUGUAACACCCAAUUGCGUCGCUAUGAGUCUUUGUGUGCUCAAGCUCGUGCCGUAUCCAGUACUGCUGAUCUGGCGCAUUUAGCCCGUACACUGCUGACCGCACAGCCACCAAUGAAGCCGCCGAAGCGGGCUUUCCUGCCGCCUUACCCGCCAGAACCUGACGACCCGCCACUGGACGUUCCAGCGGAGAGCAUGCCUCCAGUUCUGCGUGAAGAAAUGCUUCUGGAUCGCAUGGCUGGUGGACAGGCCCGACUGAGCUAUGAACAGCUUAGAAAAGACGCUCAAGAUCUCGAAACCCAAAUCAAACUCUUACAGGAUGGCUUGGACUCUUUAGCCCGUCACCAGAAUAGAGGACUCGAAAAUAGUGUCUACAGUAAAGUCAAUGAAAUACAAGAGGAUAUGUCAAUAAAGAAAUAUGAAUACAGGGCGACGCAACUCCAUCUUGCGGCUGUAAGAGCUCAGAGAGACCUAUUCGCGGCAAAAGCAGACAGUGCUUCAGGGGUAGAUCGAAAAUUAUCUUCGUCUUCGGCAGGCAGUAUGAAGAACAAAUGGUUGAAGGCUUUUCGGAGCCUAAAGCCGCCUAGCGCACCUCCGCCACACGUGCCAGAUAAGAGGAAUGGUGCGGCGCGCGAAUCUAUGCGUUCAGGAGAUUCCGAGGCACACAAUUUCCAAGAAUAUACAUACAAAAAAAUCACACCUUGCGAUGUAUGUUCACAAGUGCUACGAGGUCACACCAGACAAGGUCUCCGCUGCCGUUUAUGCAAAAUGAACGUCCAUACAGAUUGUAUGCCACAAGUAGGCAAAUGCCAAACAAAGUCCCGGCUCUUGCGCAGACAGAAAAGCACUUCCGAAAUCGAGUCUCACAGAGUUCAAGAGACUGCAUUCGAAGAUGAAAAGGAGGAAGUGGAUCAGACCUACCAAGUUCUGAAGCGCGCCAACGAAAUAUCGAAGCCGGGCGGCGGGGGGCCCGUAGUGCGCGUGUCGGCGCCGGAGGAGUGUCCCGCGGCGCGGUCGCCGGCGAGGCCGUCCGCCGGACUGGCUGUCGCACCCCAGCCUCUCUCUUCCAGCUCAGCACCGCAUUCGCCGAGACGUCAAAAGUUGAACCUUAGGAUGAAGAGCUUGUCGUUGGACUCGCCAGAGUGUGGAGAGCUGAGGCGUCGACCAGCACGAGACCAACAGCCCUCGCAGGGCAGCCGUGUCCUAUGUUACUGCAGAGCAAAUUGCAUGAGAUAUGGCUUUCCUAGAAUAAGUAACCACCUCGUUCAUAGAUACACGUGUUCAUCUCCAUCAUCGCCGGUACAUAGCAGGAAGCUAUUGAAUACGCGUGGAGGUCGCAUGAGCAGCGUUGAAUUGCCAGACGAACCGGACAAAAGCCUGUCUUCUAACAGCGCAAGUCCGUGCCCUUCGCCAGUUAAACAACAGAGCAAACAUCAACGUCUUCUUCCAACGAAUCUGUAUGUGAUUCUAUACAACUUCAAGUCUCGCCAUGCUGAUGAAUUAGAUCUUAAAGCUGGUUACAAAGUGACCGUCAUCGACACCUCCGACCCUGACUGGUGGAAGGGAAAAUGCUUGGGAAAGAUUGGAUAUUUUCCAUCUAAAUACUGCACAAAAUUGCAAGCCGGUGAAAGACCUCUACAAGUCACCCAUAAUCUGCAGGUGUCGGACGGAGACAAUGGACUGAUGCUGCUCCGUGACCAAAUCGUGAUCCAAGUAGGUGACGAAGUGGACGGAAUGGUGAUGAUCAGAUCUGGCGACAAUCGCCAGGGAGUAUGCCCAAUUAAAUUUCUUCAGGAGGUGUGACGCUUCAGGCUGCCCAACUUCGAUUUAAUGAAGAAGCGAGGAUCCCUUACAGACGAGUCGAAGUUCUACCACCCGCCGAAAAUGAUUCAAAGUGCACCAGUCACACCAUGCGACAGCGAAUCGACUUGGUCGGAAAGGAAUUGGUCGAAGUACAACAAUGGCAGCUCCCCAACAUACGUUAGAUCAGGGUACGAUAAAUACGAUAGUUAUAUAGGAAACGACAGUACGGGCCUUGAUGAGGACGGCCAUAGAGUUUACGCGGACGGCAUGUGGUGGUGGCAAAGACCGUUGGGCGUUCGGCGGGAUCACUGCCAAAGGUGUGGGGCUUCGUCUUCUAAGAGGCCUUUGAAGAUGAUUCCGUGUGCCGGAACAAGUCAAGACGUACCAAACCACUUACAACCCAGACCGCUGCUAUCCCGCGAACGGCCCUUGCGUUUCGUAAAACAACUCUUUUUGUAAUUCUAGACCAGGGGUGGCCUACUUGAUUACCAGAACUAAGAUCUACUGUCUACUGACGAAACACCCUGCGAUCUACCGAUGACAUUUGAAAUUUAACGAAACAAUGUAGUUCAGUAUACAAAGAAGUAGUAUAUUUUCUUUUAUUCCUCCUCCUUGCGUCAAUAAUCCUCAAUGCUGAGGGUUGUGGCCUCCUCUAAAAACUUUCUCCUGUAUUAUCCUGCGCCAUUCCUGCCUAUCCUCGGCUUUGUGGAUAGCAACGUGGACCGUAUCUGGUCCGGCCAUUUGUUACCAGCUACAGCAGCAUUGUUUCUUUUAUUAAAAAUAUUAAAACACACCUGAAAUUAUAUAAAAGAGAACUGUUGUGUAGAAGAGAGCAUAAAUAAUGUGACUUAAUGGUUGUUAACAAAUGAUACAAGAUGAAGAUGAUGCGUGCAGCUAUUGGUGAUUACGUUGCUUUUUAUAUUUUUUGUCUUGCCGGGAUCGACUGAUCUAAUAGCCAUGAUCGACAGGUCGAUCGCGAUAUACUGGUUGGCCAGCCCUGUUCUAGACAAUUUAGCCUAAUAUUUUUACAGAUUAAUUUUUUGUUCACACAUUUGUAGGUUUGAACGUAGACGUAUGUUUGUUCCACUAAUAUUAUUAUGUAUAUUUUAAGAAUAGUAGAAUAGAUAUUAAAUUAUAAUUAACGUGGAACUUGCUACAAAAUAUCCUUAAAAUUUGAUUUAAGGAUUGUGUUCCAGCUUCCAGUGUGUGUCUGUUUCAAACGCCAAUUUGUCAUGUGUAAAUGUAUUUUUAAUGCACUUUUGUUAAAAAAUGAGCAAUUUUUUAAUAAGGCUUAGGUCCUAUUGCAUAGUCUAAAUGAAAACCAAUGUAGUAAAUAGUACAGUAGUUUUAUAAAUAAAUAAAAACGUAGAUAGCAUUUAAUUUUUUAGUGCUAUUUAACAAAAUUAGUAUUCGUAAUUUAAAUCGUGCGAAUUAAGAAAUUUUAUUAUGUAUUCUAAAGGCACAUUUCAUCACUUUAUGAUAAUAAUCCAAUUGGUAUGUAUCUUAUGAAUUCAAAUAUAGCGUUCGGGUGAUUUUCAUAAUAGUGAUUAAUAAUUCCGGCAAAUUUUGAGAUCGACCUUUUUUUAGUUGUUCUUGUUAUGGUUACAUAAGCACACCCUGUAGUAAUCAGUUAGGGAUAAUACAAAAUUUGAAAACAGUAUAACCGAAAAAUACUCAUAAAAGGAAUAUUUUAAUUGUUUAUUUAUAUGUUUUUUCACCAUAUUUUACUUAUACAUCGCGGUUAUAGAUUUAGCUGUCAUUUUCCAGUUUAAAAAUCACCCUGUAUAGAAAGCUAUAAAAUACUAUAUAUGUGUAUAGUAAAAGAUUAACUUAGAUAUUAAAUCAAAACGAUUUUAUUAAAUUUAUUGAAAAAUUCACGGCCUAUUGAAAUAUGAAGAGUUUAUGUUCCUUCCAAAUUUACAAAAUUUGUGACGAGGGAUGUUUUUGUAAAUUAUAUUGUAGUGACUAUAUAUUAUAUAUACUGUGUAUAUAAAAUAUUACUAUUUGCAUGAAAAAGUCCUUUUUCUGCAAAUAAAAACAUUAGCUACAUAUCAUUUACAAACUAAAUGGUUUGAUACAAACUUGUUUUCAAGAAUUACGCGGCCAUUGAUUCAAAGCUCCAAUUAAUUUAAACAUUCCAUUGUGUGACAUUAGUUCGCAAGUAAAAAAAUUAACGAUAAAUUCUAGAAAUAAAAUCAAUAUUGUCAUAGAAUAAUGCGACAAGGUGCACUUAUUGCUAUUUUAGAGAAGGCUUAUCUUUAAGAAAUUAAAAUAAUCCCACACCUAUGCGGACAAAAGCUUAUUCAUUUACUCUCAAUGAGGGUUAAGUAAGAAGUUAUAAUUGUCAGUGGACGAUAAAACUGAAACGAAUUUCGUACGAAGUAGGCAAUCCACUAAAUCGUGCCAGAUCAUUGAAUCAAAAUGAUUUGUUUUAGGCAAGUUAAAAUUUAUUAAUAAAUAUAGUUCUUGUCUUGUCUCGUUACUUAAACUUCAAUGCAACAAUUCAGUCGAAUAUAGUAACAACAUACGCACAGUCUUAUAAUAUCCAAAGAAUAACACAAACUGAUUUCAAUCUGUAUGAGCUAAAUCUACUUAAACACAAAAAACAACGAAGUAAUGAAGUAAAUCGAGAUAUGAAAGACCAUCAAAUAAUCUAUCAUUACUUAUAGCGAAUAAUUUUAAUAGAAAUAACAAUUUAGCAUUACUUAGGAACAAGGGCGGAUCCAGCCUUGGCGCCAGGAGGGGGUCACAUAGUCGUGGGCAAGUUAAGAACUUAUAAUUUAAUUUUGAUAACAAUAGAUAAUAAAUAAAUCAUGAUGUUCUUCAAUUAGUCCAAGUUAGUUCAAGUCCUGGAACUAGCUCAGGGGGGGGUCAUGACCCCCAUGACCCCCCUGCUGGAUCCGCCGUUGCUUAGGAACUAUUCAAGUCAGAAUUUUAGUGCUGUCAGUUUUCAAUGAAAUCGCCAUGAAAACUGUUUUUUUUUUUGUGAUCGAAAAUCAUAAUAGUCAUUUUAUAGGCUGCGGUAAAGUAUUAACCUAUAAAGUACCUAACUAUAUAAAUACAUUACAUUAAUAAUCGUAGUAACUUACUAUUAAGGUAGUUUGAAAACUUAUUCAUUAAUCUAUUACGUCUAUUAUCCAUAGUACAAUCGUCAGUAGAUUGCAAUGUUAGCAUGUAAAAGUGGAAACAAUAUAAUAAAAAUAAUUAGUUAUUUGCAUUCCUUUAUCGUUCAUAACGCAUUAGAUAAAUUAACUUAUUGUUUGACAUAAUACGGUGGGCAUAAUAUCGCUUUGGUACGUUUAGAAACUUAGCAAUAAAGUAUAUAUGAAUGAUAAAACUAUGUUUCCUUAUAUGAUCUAUUUAUUGAAUCAAUGUUGACAAAAUGUAUAUUAUGUAUUGCACAUUAAUACUUAAGCUUUGACGUAGAAGUCUAAAAUUCUGCAUUAAAUGUUAUAGUUUGUAGUGUCUGUGGUAAUUGAACCUUACUAGUGUUGGCCUAGUGGUCAUAAUCAGAUAACAAUCCAAGAAGCCAUAAUCAUUGACACCUAAAGAAUUAGAUUCAUUUUACGUAUUUUCUCUUUUGUUUUAUUUUGAAGGUAGGUAUUUAAUAACAGUAAUCUGAACAAACAAGGGAAGAAGCGCAUCUGUUUUGUCUUUGCCUAUUUAUUUAUAGUUACUGAUUCAAUACAAAUUAUGUCAUUCGACUUUUUUCGAUUAUUUUAUCAUUCUUAAUACUCCACUACACAACAGGGUAUUCGUUAUCUCCUAAAACAAUGUACUUAGCGUCAUUAACUUGAAACAUACAUAAAAUAUUUAUAUACUUUUCUCCCACAUUCCUUCUUCAUUAGGGGGGAAUUACUUCAUUUAAAUAAAUAAAAUAUUAAUUUUGGAUGUAUGCCGUCCGUCCCAAUUCAUUUUUAUGAAUUAAAUGUUGAUGAAAUUAUUGUAAGAUUUAAUUAAAUUGUUCUCUGUGGCUUGUUCUCUGAGUUAUAUUGAUUUAAAUUAAUAGUUAUGCUUUUUCUUUGACCUGAAUAAUAAAUAGUAGUGUCAAAAUGAGUCAAUAGUCAAUAAAUAGAGUUGAGACCUAAGUAUUAUUUACAAUACUAAUAGUAGUAGAGGCCCACAUGUUUUUUUUUUCUCUACACUAAAUUAUUUAUUACCGUAACGAAAUAUGAUUUUAGAGACAAAAUUUCAUGGAUUUAAAACAAAAAUAUACACAAAAACACAAUAAAUAAACAAACUUAAUUAACGUUUUUAACAUUAUAAAUGUUUUCACUUAUUUAGUUGGACAAAAUUAUUUAAUCAAUUGAGUCCUCUUCGAAAAACAGAACCAAAUAUAUAUUUUAGGUUAGAUAUAAUUAGAGGAUUAUAUUGUACUUAGAUGAUAGAUAUAAUUAAAAUUAUAUUAAGUGUGAUCAAAUCCCGAAAAUUGCACGCUUAUAAAGUCCCUAGGAAGAUUUUACACUAUUUUAUGUAACAGUUAGGUCGGGCAAAAACAAAAUGGAUUUAUUGAAUUACCUUAGUUUAAUUUAUGUGCUUUUAAAAAGUAGAUAAUUAUUUAUAGUUUUAAAGAAGACAAUUACCAGAAAAGUGAUCUUCCAAUCACAUAAGCAAAUUAAUAAGUAAGUCAAAUUAAAACAAAAAUGUUGAUAUGAACAGCAAAAAGAUGGAUUCAAUUCUCUUACGUAUUACUUAUUGAAAAAUAAUAAACAAAUAGAAUUGAAAUAACUAAACGCAUCGUUUAACUUUCUUCCCACUGUUUUUCAUAAAAAAUAUAUUGUCAAAGUUUAAAUAACUCUCCGAACCGCUUCGAAAGCUUACGAAAGUUUAUCUUUUUAUAAAACCAACAAAUUAUUCAAUAGACGUUAUUGAAUUGACCUUAGCUUUAGCUGAAUGCAGUCAUCGUGAUUUUGUGGUAUUAUUAGAGAUUAAAUUCAAUCUCACUCUGCAGAAAAACAAAGCAACGUAAUUGCUUUUUAAUAUUUGCAUCUUAAUGUUUUAUUGCUUUCGAUGACAAGUCCAACGUGUAUUAAUCUAAUAUCUACCGCAAAGAACAGGAAUUAUUAGAAUCCUUAGAAGAAUCUAAACUUAGCACAAGGAAGGUUGUCAAACGCUGCGAAAAAACUUUAGUGAGUUCAUUAUAGGAGUUGAUGAUUGAACUUUUCUAAAUAUGUUAAAACGCCCCAGUCAAGAUGUGGUACCCAUCCUUAUAUCAAAGCAAUAGUAAAUGGAAAUUAUGCAAGUAUGAACGAAAUAUAUAAAAAAAAUUGGUAUUUUGGAAUUAGCCGGAACUAAGUGUAACUUGACACAACGCACUGCAGCUUGGGAUUGAAAUUAAAUUAAAAAAAUAUAGAUCGGUCUCGUUAUGCGUAUAUUAUUAUGUUAUUUUAGUAUUAAAUAAUUGUUUGUUUUCCGUCAACAAUGCAUUUAUUUGUCAAGGGAUUAAUUAAACUGUUGUGUUUAGAUUAAAUAAAUAUCGUGUCAUAA